GAGCCGGCUCCGCGCCCCCAGCCCGGACGCCGGAGCCCGAGCCCAGCCGGAGCCGGAGCAGCACCGGCCGCGCCCGCGGAGCCGCGGGGUGGGAUGCGCGCCGCGAGUGCGCGUGCCCGCCCGCAGUGCGCGCGCCCCGGCCCGAACGAGCGCUCCCCGCGUCGGCCGCGGCGGCGACGGCGGCGACGGCGACGCGGCCCGUACGCUCCCCCGGCCCCUGCCCCGGCUGCGCGGGCCCCCGCCGGGCCCAUGGGCGGCGCAGCCGACCCGGCGCGCUGAGCGCAGCGCGGUGCCCCGGUGCGCCCCGGAGGCGAGUGUGAGCGAGGGCUGGCGCCAUGCCCGGCCACCCCGCCUUCUAGGCCACGCCCGGGCCGUCGGAGCAGCCCCUGCUCACUUCAGGGGGCGCCGCCUGCCCACCGCCCACUGCGCACCAUGGCCGGGGACCGGCUCCCCAGGAAGGUGAUGGAUGCCAAGAAACUGGCCAGCCUGCUGCGGGGCGGGCCCGGGGGCCCCCUGGUCAUCGACAGCCGCUCCUUCGUGGAGUACAACCGCUGGCACGUGCUCAGCUCCGUCAACAUCUGCGGCUCCAAGCUGGUGAAGCGGCGGCUGCAGCAGGGCAAGGUCACCAUCGCGGAGCUCAUCCAGCCGGCCGUGCGCAGCCAGGUGGAGGCCGAGGAGCCGCCGCAGGAUGUGGUGGUGUACGACCAGAGCACCCGGGACGCCAGCGUUCUGGCCGCCGACAGCUUCCUCUCCAUCCUGCUCAGCAAGCUGGACGGCUGCUUCGACAGCGUGGCCAUCCUCACAGGGGGCUUCGCCACCUUCUCCUCCUGCUUCCCCGGCCUCUGCGAGGGCAAGCCCGCUGCCCUGCUGCCCGUGAGCCUCUCCCAGCCCUGCCUGCCCGUGCCCAGCGUGGGCCUGACCCGCAUCCUGCCUCACCUCUACCUGGGCUCUCAGAAGGAUGUCCUGAACAAGGAUCUGAUGACCCAAAACGGAAUAAGCUACGUCCUCAACGCCAGCAACUCCUGCCCCAAGCCCGACUUCAUCUGCGAGAGCCGCUUCAUGCGCAUCCCCAUCAACGACAACUACUGUGAAAAGCUGCUGCCCUGGCUGGACAAGUCCAUCGAGUUCAUCGAUAAAGCCAAGCUGUCCAGCUGCCAAGUCAUCGUCCACUGUCUGGCCGGCAUCUCCCGCUCCGCCACUAUUGCCAUCGCGUACAUCAUGAAGACCAUGGGCAUGUCCUCCGACGACGCCUACAGGUUCGUGAAGGACCGGCGCCCCUCCAUCUCGCCCAACUUCAACUUCCUGGGCCAGCUGCUAGAGUACGAGCGGAGCCUGAAGCUGCUGGCCGCCCUGCAGGGCGACGGGGCCACCCUCCCGGGGACGCCCGAGCCCCUCCCGGGCCCUGCGGCCCCACUGCCGCCACUGCCACCACCUACCUCAGAGAGCGCGGCCACGGGGGGCGCAACGGCGAACGCGGCCGCGGAGGGCGCCCCGAGCGCCGCCUCCGCCGACAGCGGGGAGCCCCCCUCGCCCGCCGGGGCCCCCGCCACCAGCGCGCUGCAGCAGGGCCUGCGCGGCCUGCACCUCUCCUCCGACCGCCUCCAGGACACCAACCGCCUCAAGCGCUCCUUCUCGCUGGACAUCAAGUCGGCCUACGCCCCCAGCCAGCGGCCCAGCGACCCCGGGCCCUCCGACCCUGGCGAGGCCCCCAAGCUCUGCAAGCUGGACAGCCCGUCGGGGGGCACGCUAGGCCUCCCCUCGCCCAGCCCGGACAGCGCAGACGCAGCGCCGGAGUCGCGCCCGCGGCCACGCCGGCGGCCCCGGCCUCCAGCAGGCUCCCCCGCACGCUCCCCUGGGCACGGCCUCGGCCUGAACUUCGGCGACACCGCCCGGCAGACUCCACGGCACGGCCUCUCCGCCCUGUCCGCCCCCGGGUUGCCUGGCCCUGGCCAGCCGGCCAGCCCCGGGGGCUGGGCGCCGCCCCUAGACUCCCCCAGCACGCCGUCUCCGGACGGGCUCUGGUGCUUCAGCCCCGAGGGCGCGCAGGGCGCCCGGUUUGCCCCCUUCAGCCUGGCGGGGGCGCCGGGCACAGGCGGCGGCAGCGGCGGCGACUUGCGGAGGCGGGAGGCGGCGAGGGCCGAGUCCCGGGACGUGCGGACCAGCUGGCCUGAAGAGCCGGCCCCGGAGACGCAGUUUAAGCGCCGGAGCUGCCAGAUGGAGUUCGAGGAGUGCAUGGUGGAGGGGCGCGCCCGUGGCGAGGAGCUGGCCGCCCUGGGCAAGCAGGCCAGCUUCUCGGGCAGCGUGGAGGUCAUCGAGGUGUCCUGACGGCGGCCGGGACCCUUCACCCUGAGCCCUCCGCUGCCCUCGGCUGGGCCGCCAGCAGCCGGGCCCUCUAUAAAUAUAUAUUAUAUAUAAUGCAAAGAAAGGUAAAUGGUUUUACUGCGAUUUUUAUCAAGAAGUAAAUAUUUCGAUUUUUUAUUUAUUGAAGCUGUUCAUUCUGGCAAUGAUUUGGCAACAGUGAGGGUGGUCCUCCAAGCUCUAUUUUUAGUCCGGUAUUUAAACCGAGACCCGUUUCUAAGCAAUACGAGGCCACCCUCAAGUGGCACGCUGGGGUGCCAGGCCUAGGGUCCCCUCCUCGCCAGCCCUAACCCCAGAUGACACCACUAACCGUUGCAAAGAGGCUGCCGAGCUUUCGUGCACUUUUUACAUAAGAAAAAGGGGAAAAA